CGUAAAGUGUUCCAUAGCGCCAAUGUGUGCCCCAGAGUUUCCUUUUCUUCCGCUGGCGCUGCAGCUCUUGCAGCCCAGAGAUCUACCGAUUGAUCGACCGUGCCAUAAUGGACUUCCCCGCUCUCAGCACAAUGCGAGUAGCGGGCUGUUGAAACAGAUGCCGUGCAUGGCCCAAGGCUUGGUCUCACCUCACUCUCUCACCGUGAGGGGUUUCCUGACAGCCUAGUGGUGCAAGCAACGCCUAUAAAACACCGCUGCCGACGUCUCGCCCCCCUCUCACAAUCGUUUCGUUGCUCCCCAAAUCCCCCUUCGAUCUUCACAGUCCUUCCACAUUCUUUUUUUCUCCCUCCCAACAAUGCGCUUCCUUGUGCAGCUCCUCGCCGUGCCCUUUGUGGUGCAGGCCGCGGUCGCCGCCUCGACUAACGGCAUGGCCCGCAAGCGUCUCUUGGGCCCUCCCCCGAACCCCAACUACCCCGACCCUAACAAGGACGCCUUCUACCGUAUCCCCGCCGACGUCGCCGCUCACCCGGCGGGCUCGGUGCUCAGCAGCAGGGAGGUGCCCGUGAGCCUCAACUCGAAGAACCUCGACAAGGCCUACCAGGUUCUCUACCGCUCCAACACCAACAAGGACCAGGCCGAUGCUACCGUGGCGACCAUCUUCACGCCCAAGGUGCCUGCUGCCAAGCCGGGCCUCCUCUCGUACCAGGUCUUUGAGGACUCUGCCACGCUUGACUGUGCACCCAGCUGGGCCUUCAUUAACAACACUGGCUCGGCCAACACGGUGCCCGUCGCCUUCGACACGCCCUUCUACCUCGACUGGGCCCUCGGUGCCGGUCUCUACGUCGUCGCCCCCGACCACGAGGGAUCGCAGGCGGCCUUCAUCGUCGGCAAGCAGGAGGGCCAAGCCGUGCUCGACGGCAUCCGUGCGGCCCGCACCUUCAUCAAGCUCUCCAACGACGUCCCCGUCGCCCUCUCGGGCUACAGUGGUGGUGCCCACGCCACCGCCUGGGCCCAGAACCUGCGUGACAGCUACGCACCCGACGUCAACAUCAUCGGCGCCGUCCACGGUGGCACGCCCGUCGACCUCCGCAACACGUUCAACUACCUCAACGGCGGCCUGUUCUCUGGCUUCGCCGCCGAUGGCCUCGUCGGCGCCUCCAACGCCUACCCGGAGAUCAACGACUACCUGCAGAAGAUUGCGACGGACAAGGGCAAGUCGGACCUCGCCAUGCUCCACAAGGACAACACGUGCCUGAUUCAGAUCGUCACCGCGCUUCCCUUCGUCGACUUUUACAAGGAGGUGACGAUCCAGAACCCUCUGGACCAGUCGCCCGCCAAGGAGGUCCUCGCCGCCGAGUCGCUGCUGAGCAACGUCAGCACCAAGGCCAUCGCCGUGCCAACGUACCCACAGAUGCAGUUCCACGGCUCUGGCGACGAGAUUAUCCCUCCCUCGGACCACCAGGUGUUUGUUGACCAGCAGUGCGCCAAGGGUGCCAACAUCCAGUACAACGUUCUGCCCAUCGCCGAGCACAUCAGUGCCGAGGCUGCCGCCAUCCCCGGCACGAUCCAGUUCCUCGGCCAGAUCUUCAACGGCACCACGCCGCAGGUCAAGUGCGGCCAGCCCGGCUCGACUGCAUCGAUGCCCAGCCCGCACAGUGUCGAGGCCGAGCAGAUCAUGGGCACGGCGCAGGCCAACAAGCUGCGCAGCCUCAACGGCAAGAAGUCGCCCUUCGGCCCUCGCAUCAUCAGCUUCUGAGCGAUUCUCGACCUUCCCCUGCUCCCCCCUGCUAAAAGAAUCACCUUCCUUCCUCCUGCCAUAUCCCUCGUGAUCACAUCAGUGCAAGCUGUCGCCUAAUAUAUCUCCUUUGUUGCUGAUGGUCUUUGCCUAGGUUAAAAAAAUGCAAUCCUGUGCCAAGCAGCCCAAAUGUCACCGUAAACCUUGGUUUUCAGCAGGAGGCUG